AUGUGCGGAAUUGUGCCAUUUUUCAGAGGCCUUUAUGAAGAUGUCGUAGAGGCCAUUGACGACCUCUUCCCAAAACGCUCUACCGACACCGCCCCGCUCAUGGAUAAUCGGCAAUCCUUCCAGUUUGCUCAGCCUCACCAACAGGCAUACACCUCAGCCGCUCGUCCUGUGGCCGCAAGUAGUCGUCGCGCUACGGAACGACUGGAGGUUAGGACUGCUGCGGCGCGGAUGCCUUCACCGCCUAGAGGUCCACCGACUAGAUGA